GCCGAUGACAUUAGUUAAAAAUUAAUACAAAAUUAUUUCACCAAAAAACAAAAUGGCGCUCACGCUUUGCGCCGAAGACUUUGUUUUAUGAGAUAGUGAAUUUGUGCUUAGAUUAUAAUAACAGAAGAUAUUCAUACACAGUGAACGUAGUUACCUAUUAUAUAGUUUAAGAUUUAUAUUAAGUGAAAUUUUGCCGACGUUAAAUUAGUUCAAAUCAAUGGUGUUCUUACGGCGUGGUAGUUAAGUGAUUAAGUGAAAAAUGACGCAGUUUCUACCGCCCAAUUUGCUCGCGCUGUUCGCGGCGCGAGAUCCUAUCCCGUACCUGCCGCCGGCAGCGAAGCUUCCUCAUGAGAAGAAGCAGAAAGGCUACGAUGGAGUCGGCGCUUUUCUCAAUAUAUUUGAGCACCCAUCAGAAACUCCACCCCCUACACGAGUGGAGACUAGAGAAGAACGUCUGGAGAGGAGGAGAAGAGAGAGAGCGGAGCAGACAGCGUACAAGCUGGAGCAGGAGAUUGCUAUGUGGGACCCCACCACUAAUGUGCCAGUCACCGGGGACCCCUUCAAGACACUAUUUGUUGCUAGAGUUAACUAUGACACAUCUGAAUCUAAACUUAGGAGAGAAUUUGAAACAUAUGGACCUAUUAAAAAAAUAUAUAUGGUAUAUAGCAAAGAGAAUGGAAAACCGAGGGGAUACGCGUUUAUAGAAUACGAACACGAACGCGACAUGCACUCGGCGUACAAGCACGCGGACGGCAAGAAAAUCGACGGCAAGCGCGUGCUGGUGGACGUGGAGCGCGCGCGCACCGUCAAGGGCUGGCUGCCGCGCCGCCUGGGCGGCGGGCUGGGCGGCACGCGGCGCGGCGGCGCGGACGUCAACAUCAAGCACUCGGGGCGCGAGGACAACGAGCGCGAGCGCGAGCGCUACCGACUCGAGCAGCGCGAGCGCGACCGCGACGAGCGCCGCGACCGCGGGCGUCGCCGCAGCCGAUCCCGCUCCCGCAAGCGGUCUGGCUCGCGCUCCCGGCGCCGCGAGCGCCCCGAGCGCGCCGAGCGGCCCGAGCGGAACGCCGAGCGGGAGAAACGGGAAGACGAGCCGGAGAGGCCGCGUCGCCGACGAUCGCGCUCGCGCUCGGAGCGGCGCCGCGACCGUCGCGACCGCGACAAGGAGCGCGACAAAGACCGCGACAAGCGACGUCGCCGCGACAAGGAGCGCAAGGAGCCCAAGGUCAAGCCGGAGGACAUCAAGAUCAAGGAGGAGCCGCAGGACGAUUACCCGGAGUUCAACAUCGCACCCCUGGACGUGCACAUCAAGCAGGAGCCGGACGACGACAACAAAUACAACCCGGAGGAGGCCAACGGGGACGACUACAACUAUUGACCCGGCGCCCCGCGGCCUCGGCGCUUGCAAUACGCGUGCAGGAUACAUACCGUGCGUACGGAACAACCGAACUGAGGGUAGCCGAAAAUAUUUUGUCCGGCUCGAAGGACCAGAAGUUUGUAUCGGUUAUAGUCAGGUCAUA